AGCUCGUGCUUCGAUGACUAGAGAAGUAACUUCGUAUAGCUCCUCGGUAUAACAAAGAGCUAAGGAUUCGGUCCGUAGCCAUUUUGGCUCAAGCUAUUUUGGCUCAAGCUGCCCGCCGUCAGGGGCAGCAGCAAAGGACGCAUCCUCAGGAUACUGUAUCAGCUCGUCGGCUUCGAUGAGCUAGAGGAAUACCUCGUAGAGCUCUCGGUAUACAAAGAGCUAGAGGAAUUCGGGUCCGUAGCCAUUUUGGCUCAAGCUAUUUUGGCUCAAGCUGCCCGCCGUCAGGGGCAGCAGCAAAGGACGCAUCCUCAGGAUACUGUAUCGCCUCUUUCCAGACUUACUACCUAGUUCGCGUCAGACUGAUGGCCGCGCCGGUGAAACUCGCCAUCGCGCUUGUGGCAGCCGCCAUUGCAAGCGAGGAGGGUUCCGACUCCAACCUCAUGCAGUUAACUGCGGCGGGCGAGACGCAGGUGGAGACGAAGAAGAGUUCAGUCAGCUGUUUUUUCACGAUGGACAACAACGUCUACGGUGUGUAUUUGGGCAGUACGGCACUCAGCACCAGCGGAAAUCGGAACAACUGGGAAAGAGUCAAGACUGUCACGUUCACUCCUGACGGGAAUUACUUAACAAUUUCUGGGUAUGAUUUUGAGGGAUCUAUGUGCACGACUGGUGGCUUCGCUAUCGACUGCACCAAUGGUGUGGAUGGGAACUCAGGGUGGCAGGCUUACGGCAGUUCGAGCACCAUUGAUUACAACCCACCAAACGGGCGUUGGAGUUUCCUGGGACGUCCUUGGAUGUCGGGGAAGGGGCCUGCGGAUUUGCCCUCAAAUUCAGGAUCGCCCCAAAUCGGAGCUUGCUCAAAGCACGGCGCUUACCGAUACAACUUCGGGGGGGCGACGCCGAGCCCGACGCCAAGCCUGACGCCAAGUCCGACGCCCAGCCCGACGCCGUCACCAAGUCCGACGCCGACGCCAAGUCCGACGCCGACGCCAACGUCGGCACCGACCCUGGCACCAACGCCUUCGCCUACGCCGGCCCCGUCGCCAGCCCCGACGCCGACACCAACACCGUCGCCUACGCCGGCACCAUCGCCGGCGCCGGCGCCCGCGCCGUCGCCAGCAUCGACGCAGGUGGCCGCCACCGGCGACCCACAUCUGCAGAAUGUAUUCGGUCAGCGGUUCGACUUGGCGAAGCCGGGCAAGUCAAUUUUGGUCAGCAUUCCACGCGGAAAGCCCGUCGAGGACACGCUGUUUGUUGUACAGGCCGACGCACGUCGGUUGGGAGCACGGUGCUCGGAUAUUUAUUUCCAUGAGGUCAACGUCACAGGGACGUGGGCAGACAAGGCGCAGCCCGGAGGCUUCCACUUCAACACCCGCGGCGCGCGCGACAACAAGCCGAAGUGGGUGAACUUCGGGCCAGUGGAGCUCAAAGUCGUCCACUGUCACACUGGCGAGGGGCAGAGGUAUUUGAACGUCUACCUUAAGAACCUUGGGCGCGCUGGGUUUCACGUCGGAGGGCUGCUGGGCGAGGAUGAUUACACGGAGGCGGCGGCGCCCGAGGCAGGGUGCCAGACGACGAUGUCCCUAUUGGCGCGGCUGGAUGGUCAUGCUGCGCAUCGACAGGGCUCCACGGCAAUCGUUUACUAAGUCUGCCUUUCCUUCCAUGGUACAUGAUUAUAUUCAGUGCAACGUCCUCCCCUGCCGAAUGUUCUGCGCAAUGCAGAGCGCCGCACCUCGAGUUGUAGCUGUCUGGCCUCUCGACCCUCGUCAGCUUGCCACGCGAGUGCAGGACAAACUCUUUUGCAAUUUUUGUUGUCACCUUCAUGUCUCUUCCGCGUGUCCAUUGCCCUGCUAGUUUGCUUCUCUCUCUCUCUCUCUCUCUCUCUCGCUUCUGACGUCCCGCAAACUUUCGCAGGAGGCGAUCCAUGGAUCCGGCGCUCUCGCAGCUACCGCUGUCGAGAAAGACAGCGCUGCGUAGGUGCACACAACUUCUUUCAUCUGGCCCAAGCUAAUACGGUGCUCAGUUGCUUCAGGUGAGCGCCCUCGCGGCUGGACGUGGACUUUGGCCACCUCCAGCAGCGCAGACGUUGGCCAAUUCCAGCCAC